AUGGAGGGUUCGGCGACAGGGGGAAAUCACGGAGGCGAUCCUCGCGCCGAGCAUGCCGCAACCAAGGAGUCCGAGGAGGCGGCAACGCAACACCAUCUGACGCUGCUCCACCCGAGCGUGGUCGAAGUUUCUGCAGCCGUGCUGGAUAAGGACAAGGUGGCACAGCACGAGUCGGUGGGGCUGGUCGGUGGCUCUCCUCCUUCUGGUGGACGGGGAAGGCGUAGGCAAAGGAAGAGCGAUGGGGAGGAGGAUGAUGACACCGCCGUGCCCGGGGACCUCACCACGCGGGCGAAGAGGCGCCAUACGACAGGUAGUGCUGACAACGCCGGAGGCGCGGAAGUUGACACACCGCGAGGCGCUAAGGAAGCUAGUGGCAAGGCGGGCGGUCAAGCAUUGCGCCAGAAGGGCCGCCACGCAGCAAGAAAAGCAUCUGGCGGAAGGAGAGGCAAGAAAGCAGCGACAGGAACGAGGCCGAAACGGGGCGAUGAAGACCCCGGUGAUACGGAGGAGGAGGAGGAUGAGGAGGAGGAUGCGGAGGGAGAGGAGGAUGAAGAGGAAGCGGAGGAGCAAGACGCGGAUGUUGGGGAGGAUGCUAAAGAUGAGAAUGAUGGCGGGGAGGACGAAGAGGAGGAGGAGGAGGAGGAGGAGGAGGAGGAGGAGGAGGAGGAGGAGGAGGAGGAGGAGGAGGAGGGGACGAGGAGGAGGAGCAGGGAGCACGAGCAGUUUGUUACACGGGAGGAGUUCCAGGCGCUGCGGUCUGAGAUGUACGCCAUGUUUGCACAGCUCGGCCUGCGUCGUGGAGUACCUGCCAGCUAUGCCGGCGGGUCGGCAGCCCUGCCUAUGGCUGGUACCCCGCCGCCGAUGAGCGCCGUGGACAAGGCACGAGUGCUGGUGUUGCAGGAGACAAACCCAUUCCCGGUAUGUGGCGGGCCAAAUGGGGCGGGUUGGGGUUGA